AUGUGCUACCCCACCAUGCAGAGUCCCUCGAGUGAAUUGCUCAUCCUGCACUUUGUCAUACACGAUGUGUACGAUGGGAAGGAAAAAGAAAUAUCCAUGCAUGAAAAGCCUUACAUCAAAUUCUACUGGAAAAAUAUCAAGUACAAAAAUUAUUUAAAAUACUUUUCAGAUGAAAUAAACUGGUUUUGCGAGUUCUUUCUCCCAUACAGAAGUGGAGAUUAUAUAGAAAAUUUGAUAAUGCAAAUAUGGGCAAGUAGCUAUUUGAGCAGAAAAAAAAAGUUAGCAUAUAAUUAUAUCAAUAUAAAUGAUGUGGAGAGAAAUGGAAAAAUAAAUGGAAAGGCAGAAUUGAUUGGGAAAAGAAAAGGAUUGAAAGUUAUUUACAGCCUCCAAAUUAUUUCUUACUCCUUGUACAAGUUCAUGAAAAAUACACAGACUUUCAUUCUCAGCAAAAUAUCAGUUUAUAAAAUGAUGCAGAUACAUAGAGAGAAUCAGAGGGAUCCUUGUCGAGCACAGAAAAAUUUGUUUGAUAAAUAUAUUUUGUCCCUAUUUCAAAAGGAAAAUUACCAAAGGAAAAAUACUGCCUUGCGGUUGAAGACCAUCCGGCGUGGACAUCACCAUAGGCGUGUUAUCAACAUCAACCAUGUGCACACACCGAUCAGAUUGAAAAUGAAGAAGAAACAAGGGGAUACUACUACAAACGAAACACCCGUAUCACCUCUGGCGCAGAAGGGAUUCCACGCGAAAGGGUCAACAACGAAGAAUGGGAAAAAUAUUCAGGCAAACUGUAGGAAGAUGCGCGAACUGGUGAAGAAGUCUGAUCCGGGGGUCGAAGCCAGGCAGAUCAGGAGAAAGGCGAAGGGAGACGUGCGCAGAAAGGGGAAACUGCAUUUACCAGGUAAGAAGGCGGGCCAAUUGCAAUUAAAAGAGGCAGACUCAUCCCGAUUACAAGAGGUGGCCCAUCUACGCCCGAACACCAUAAAGGCUUUAAGCGCAGAGGCGAUGGACGAAAUGUGCGUAAGGGCGAAGGAAAAGUUACGCGAAAAAAACGCGGACGCGGUACGCCCACGGGAAAUAAAAAAGAAGACGACAGACACAAGGGAAGAGGAAAAUUUACUGCAGAUGCAUGAUGACGCAUGGGUCACAUCAGAAAUAAAAAGGAAACUCCCCCCCCUGCUUGGCAAACCAAGUUGUAUGAUCAAAAAUUCCUUUUUCGAUGUCGGUUACAAAAUACAUAAAUCCACACCGAAAAAAAUUGUCAAGUUCUGCAGCCUCAAAUUCGACAAGUUGUACGAUGGAGAUGAGGAGGAGGAGGAGGAAGAGGAUGUUGGAAAGCUUGAUAUUCUGGAUGAAGUGAUAGAGCACUUGAGGUGCUAA